AUGGAUCGCCGAGGUGGUAUAACAGAAAUUGAGCUGGAGUGCAUGCUACUUGAUGAAAAUGCAGAGGCCAUGGCCCUGCCGUUCUCACUUUUGGAGAAAAUCACACAUAAUUUUUCUGAUAAGUUGGAAAUUGGAAGAGGUGGCUUUGCAGUGGUUUAUAAGGCAAUGCUUGAGAAUGAGGUUGUUGCCAUAAAGAGGUUAUCCAACACGUAUAUGUAUGAGAGGGAAUUCCAGCGAGAGGUCGAAUGUCUGAUAAAGGUAAAGCACAAGAACAUCGUACAUUUUUUGGGAUACUGUUCUGACACACAAGGGAAUAUGGAAAACUACAACGGGAAAAUGGUUAUGGCAGAUGUACAACAAAGAUUGCUUUGCUUUGAGUAUCUACCUAAAGGGAGUCUUGAUGCAUAUAUUACAGAUUCAUCUGGAAAACUUGAAUGGAGAAAGUGCUACCAAGUAAUAAAAGGGAUAUGCGAAGGGUUAAAUUAUCUUCACCAAAAACGAAUUCUGCACUUAGAUCUCAAACCCGGAAAUAUAUUAUUGGAUGAAGAUAUGAUGCCGAAAAUUACUGAUUUUGGAUUAUCAAGGUGUUUUGAGGAGAACCAGACCCGGGCCGUUACAAAUAAUGUGUGUGGAACACUGGGAUAUUUGGCACCUGAAUUCUACAGAGGUGAAAUCACACACAAGUUUGACUUAUAUAGUCUUGGUGUUAUAAUUAUAGAGCUGUUGACUGGAAAGAAGGGGUAUCAAACUGUUGAGAAUGUACUUGAGAUUUGGAGUAAUGAGAUGUUGGAUACAUUGCAGUGGGAACAAAUACGAGUAUGUGCAGAGAUUGGGAUAGAGUGCACGGAAGCGGACCCAGCAAAGAGACCAGCUAGUAUGAAGCAUAUAAUCAUAAGGCUUGCUGAACUAGAAUGUAGUGCACAUGUAAUCCCAGCAGGUGGGACAAACGAUCUUCUUCUCCUUCAUCAGUUUGUGCUUUGCUUCCCCUUUGAGCCCAACAAGGUUAUCACGUGCCCACUGGAGCUUACAAACAACACCGAUAACCAUGUCGCCUUUAGACUUAUGGACAAGAGCAUGGGGUCCUCCUUCUUAGGGCUACCAUUAUAUGGCCUUGUGCCGCCGAACACCCCCUACACUCUCAUAGUGACAACACAAGAGAAAGAAGAUCAACCACGAAAGUAUAUCAUAGAUGUUAUCCUCCACGCUGCUACAUUAAUAUUGGGGGAUGAUGAGCAUAUUAACACUUUCCAAAGCCAACCAGACAAGUUUUUUCAAGAUAUGGGGGUUGCAGUGCAGGAGGUGAAACUGAAAGCACUUUAUAGUCAGCCACCACACAUUACAACUCUGUCGUCUAAGACAAUCUCACCCACAACCAAGAUAAUCUUAUGCAAGAAAAAUCCAAAUGACAGUCAUGUCUGUUCCUUAGACACCAACCAGACCAAGCAUUGGAUAAUAAUCGGAGAUAAUGGUGGACAUGUUCGCAUUUGGGACUAUCAGAAACAGAGAAAAGGGGAUUCAAUUAGAGUCUCAGCGAAAUAUGCAAUUAAGUGCGCUAAAUUUAUUGCAAGAAAACAAUGGAUCGUUGCUGGGACAAAUCAUGGUAUCAUUUAUGUCUACGACUAUGACAAAAUGCACAAGAUCGCAAGUUUCAAAGUUGGUGGUAGAUCUGCGAAACUCUGGUCACUGGCCGUUCAUCCAACCAAGCCGUAUUUGCUGUCUGCGGGUACACAGAUGAAACUUUGGGACUGGGAUAAGGGUUGGGAGUGCGUACAGACAUUUGAACAGAGUGCGACAGAAUUUCCUAUUGCAUUUAACCCAAAUGACACCUUUGCUACUGGUUCAUAUCAUUACCAUGUGAAGGUUUGGAGUCUUGAUUCUCCCAGAUCAAACUAUGAUUUGUUUGGGCAUUGGGGCAGAGUGAACUGCUUGGUUUUCUUCACUUGUCACGAUCAAGAGUUUUUGGUUACAGGGUCAAAUGAUAAGACUGUCAAGAUAUGGUAUUUGCAGAACCGGAUAUGUGCAUAUACACUUGAAGUUUUUGUAUCUCCUGUCACGUCUGUCAUAUACCAACCCAAUCUGGAGACUCUAAUUACAGGUUCAAAAGAUGGUGCUGUUUAUUUGUGGACCACCGUAAAUUGCAGGAUACAUUCAUGCCCCCCAAUGCUUAAAAGAAUUAUCAAGACUGGCUGUGUUGGAGCUGUCUACCAUCUCGCAUGUGUGAUGGGAAGGAUUGUGAUUGGAAAACAAAACGCAGUAUCAAUUAUGGAUAUCGACAAUAUGAAUUAUCAGGAGCGAUCAACGGAUUAUGGUGAGCAGCAGCUAAGUACAGAUAGGAGGCAACAAGCUGGAGACACAAUGUCUAAGGACAUCACAGGGUCAAUUAGCAAAUUACAUAUACUUGAUGUCCACCCGCCGGAACUCCGUUUCCCUUACUGUCCCAAUGAGCCCAUCCCGUGCUCACUUCACCUAACAAACAACACAGACGAAAAUGUGGGAUUUAGACUCGUCGACAAGAGCGGUACGUCCCCAUGGUGCUUCACAAAGCUGCCGUUAUAUGGCAUUGUGUCUUGUAGAUCCACUUGCACUUUGAUUGUCACAAUGAAAGAGGAGAUGAAGCAAAAGGAAGCAACAGACUUUGAUCUCGUUAUUCAGAGCAAUAUAUUAAGAGACAAGCACAUCAGCUUAUUCAAAGACCAAUCCGAAUCUGAUCAAUUUUUCGAGGAAGCUAAGGAGUUUGUUAAUAUGAUGCAUGAGGUGGCACUGAAAGCUGUUUAUGAGAAGGAUGUAGAAGUUGCAUCUGAGGACAUAUUGGUGAAGUAUAAUCCUGAUAAUGUGUGUUCCCUGGAUGCACAUCCAACAGAGCCAUGGAUUUUAACAGGUCAUUGUACUGGGUAUGCUCAUGCAUGGAACCAUGAGAUGAAGUACCCGAUGAAUUCGUUUAAAGUCUCAGAUUAUGCAGUCAUCUGCGUCAAAUUUAUUGCAAGAAGGAAAUGGAUUGUUGCUGUGACACUUCUUGGUGACCUCCAUGUGUACGACUGUGCAUGUGUAACGAAAAUAGAAAAGAUCAGGAGUGUUGAACCUGGUGGUAUCAUGAUAACUCCCAUACUAGCAGUUCAUCCAACCCUACCAUAUGUCUUGUCACUGGACACUGUUCUUUUAGACUGGGACUUGAGCUGGAAGUGCACAGAAACAUUUUUGGAUGACUUAACGACGGUCAAAUUUAACCCAAGGGAAGCCAACAGUUUUGCAAGUGGUUCUCUGGAUGGCGAUGUAAAGGUUUGGAGGCUUGAUUCUCCCGUCUCUGAAUAUUCUUUGCUUGGGCAUAUGGAUGUUGUAAACUGCCUUGAUUUUAUCACACAUGGAGAUGAACAGAGUUUGAUCACUGGCUCUGAGGAUUGCACUGCCAAGAUCUGGGACUUGCAGAAAAGGGAGUGCAUUCAUACACUGGAAGCUACGUCUCCAGUUCUUUGCGUCCUUGUCCACCCAAACCUUCCAGUUCUAAUUACAGGAACAGCACAUGGCAUUGUUCAGGUGUGGAGCUCCACUAAUUUCAGGCUCAAGGGAACAAUUAAUUUGGGCGGCGGUGGACCCGUUGUCGGUCUCACUUGUUUGAGUGGUUCACCAAGGAUUGUGAUUGGGCAAAAGAACGCCAUAGUUACUAUGGAACCCUGCCAAAGCUGGGGCCUAACAUUAGACGCAGAGGAAUCCAUCGCGUUUUUUGGGAUAGAGGACCCCGUCAUUGGAAGAGGGGUGAACGUCAUGACCACUACGAAGCACCGAAGCGACAAGGAAGGGGGAGUUGGCCCAACCCAAUCCAAGCGGAAAAGGGUCUCGACUAGUGCUUCGACCUACCAAGAGGCUACUUAG